UUAAUGGUUUUUUAUUGUUUACAUUUUUUCUAGUUUUUAUUUGUAAAUUUUGUUAAUUAACUUUCUAAAGUUAAAAUUUUUGUUAAUUUUUUAUCAUAAUUCCUUAGGAAAUAUUAAAGAAAAUAAACCAAAUAUGUUGAAAAGUAAUAAUUUUAAGAGUAUUGCCGAUGAUUUAACAGCAUUUAGUACAACAGAAAAUGUGGAACAAUUAAGACGUUCCAGCUUGGAACAAACAACAAAUACAAUAUUACAAGACCAACCCUCACUAAAUAACAAUAAUAUAAAACAGUCUAAUGUUAAAGCAGCUAUUGCAAAUAAUGACAAUUCUCAAACAGAAGCCACCACCUCCCUAGCGGCUUUACAACUUUCAGCCGGAGUGCUGCAAUCAUAUGCACCUCCCAUAGCCAAGGCUAGAGGACAACUUAAGGAAUUAAUACAAAAACAAAAUAAAAUCUAUAUUGAUUUAUCGGCGGAAAAGUUUAAACUGGACAAUGCUGAGGUUGCCAAAUUACAGGAUAUGAUGAUUAAUGUUAAAGUGUGCAGAGAGAAAUUGUUAAAAAUUAAAAAGCACAUGCAGAAUAUCUAUCAGCGUACGAAAGUAUUAAAGAAAAGAGCCAUAAAUAUACAAACAUGCAAAGAAAAAGAAUUACAGCGUAAAUUACAAAAACAGCAGCAGGAAGAAUCUUUAAUUGGUAAAAUAAACCAAUAGUAAAAGUUUUUUUUUUUUCAUAUAAAAAUAUUUAAUUUAGAUAAAUAAAUCUAAAAUGUAUAAAUGUUAUUCAUUACUUUUUUUUAAUAUAAUAAACUUAUAACAAAUAUAUUUUAUUUUCUUUAAAUAAUUAAUUAAUUUUUUGUAUAAUUUUUAAAUUUAUU